AUGAGUGAAAGCGAAGUAGAGAGUAUAUUAGUAAGAUAUAUAAGAUUAAUAAAUAGUCAGAGGAUGUUGAAAAAGAUGAAGAAUAGGAGUAUGCAUAAAGAGAAGUAUUAUAAAUUUAGUAUAAUUCAAUAGCUAUUACGAAUAGAUGAUUUAANUAUUAAAGCUCAAAUAAAAUAAUAAAUAUUAGAAAUAAAGAUUAUAUUUAUUCCUACUUGA